UCUCUAUACAUAUAUAGAGAGACGGAGCCUGGGUUGCUUACUUGUUGAUAAAAUGAAAGAAACGAAAAACAGAUAUAUCUAUAGGUAGUGAAGGAGAAAGAUGGCAGAACUGGCCGGAUUUGCAGCUAAUGGUGGUUCAGGGCUCUACGGCUACAGCAGAAACUCCACCUUCCAGAGAAAAGCUAUAGAGGGUGCUAAAGAACUAAUAGACAAGGCAAUUGCUGAGAAACUUGAAAUCAACGACUUUUCUUCUACAAAAGCCUUUCAAGUAGCUGAUUUGGGUUGCUCAGUUGGACCAAACACAUUCUUGGCAGUGCAAAACAUUAUUGAUGCUAUAGAGCUCAAGUAUAAAAAAUGCCAAGGACAAAGCAGUAGUUUACAACUUCCUGAGUUCCAAGUCUUCUUCAAUGAUCAAAUCUCCAAUGAUUUCAACCAGCUCUUCACAUCUCUUCCUCCAGAAAGAAGAUACUAUGCAAUGGGCAUGCCCGGUUCAUUCCACGGUCGCUUAUUUCCCAAUGGUUCUCUACAUUUUGUUCAUUCUUCAUUUUCUCUCCAAAUCCUCUCUAGAGUGCCAAAUGAGGUGGUGGACAAGAGCUCUCCUGCUUGGAACAAAGGGAGAAUUCACUAUACAAAUUCUUCGGAUGAGGUUUUCAGAGCUUAUGAAGCCCAAUAUGAGAAGGACAUGGAGAGGUUUCUAAAUGCAAGAGCACAAGAGAUUGUUCAUGGAGGACUCAUGGCCCUUAUUCUUCCAUGUUGCCCUAAUGGAAAGUCUCAUUCUGAAGCUUUUGUGAACAUGACAAUAGAUCUUUUGGGAUCUAGCCUAGUUGACAUGGCCCGAAAGGGCAUGAUAAGUGAAGAAAAAGUUGACUCCUUUAACAUACCAACUUUCAAUGCAUCGCUUAGUCAAGUGGAAGCAAUCGUGAAACGAAAUGGAUGUUUUAGAAUAGAAAUAUUAAAGAGCCUCCCUCAAGAGAAGCCGCAACCAAAAGUGUUAUCAUCUACCAUGAGAGCUUGCAUGGAGGGAAUGAUAAAGCAGCAUUUUGGAUAUGAGAUUCUAGACGAGCUGUUUGAUUUAUUAAGCAAGAAAUUUGAAGAAUCAUUCUCUAGCUCUGAGCCAGAGAUAGAAAUCUCUCUAUUUGUUUUACUCAAACGCAAAUAUAACAAGUGAUUAUAUAUAUAUAUAUAUAUAUUUUUUUUAAUUUUGGCUAAAAAACAAGUUAUUACAAAAUUAUAUCUGGUUUUUAUGGGAAUCACUAUGUAGUUUAUAUUUAGUUUAUUGCAAUGUUCAUUUCUUUCUGGGAAUUUGAAUUA